AUGGACGGCGAGGAGGGUCCACCGCUCAAGCCUCCCGUUGUGGUAGCGCCUGCCGGCGACGGCGAGCAACAGCAAGAUCGGGAGGACGGUUCGCAGCCGCCACCCAUGCUGCCCGACGACGUGCUCGCCAACAUCUUCGGCAGACUCGAGCCGCGCUGGGUCGCCGGGUCCCGCUGCGUAUGCAGGCCCUGGUGCGCCGCCAUCGACGCCCGCCGCCUCCUGCGCGCGGAUCUGCUCCCGCUCUCGCUCCGCGGCAUCUUCGUCCACUUCAACAUGCACAAGUACCCGGCCUUCUUCUCCCGCCCCACCUCGCCCGGCGCCGCCGCGUUCAGCGGCAAGCUCAGCUUCCUGCCCUUCGCCAACCCCGCCGGCUGCGUCUGGCUCCCGGACGAAGGCUACGACAGCCGGGAAAAGUAUUCCAUCAAGGAUCACUGCAAUGGGCUCCUGUUGAUCGACAAGUACGUGGUGAACCCUGCCACUCGGCGCUGGGAUGCUCUGCCCGCAGCGCCGCCCGGGCGCGUCCAGUUCACCAUCCGCAGCGAGAACGGCCUCGAUCCCACUCCACUCUACGAGAUCAUCCAUACCUAUCUGGUCUUCGAUCCCACGGUGUCACCUCACUACCAAGUGCUCCGUGUCUGCGCUUUGAGCAGGAUGGGCUCCAGGGAUGAUCUAAAGAGUAAGGAUUCAGCUGAGUGCCCAUCCUCUUCGUGGACCUUCAACGUCCUCUCGUCAAGGACGGGUUGCUGGGAGGAGACGCGUUUCGUUAGAGAAGGCGACGCUGCAGGGACCUUCGCCGAGGUGCGAGCUCAGCCGCAGUCCGGUGCUGUAUACUGGCGAGGAGCGCUUUACGUGCACUGCGAAUCUCAUUUCCUUCUCAGGAUAUCAUUGUCUAGCAAUACGUAUCGCGUAAUCAAACCACCACCGGGUUACGGAGCACACACCCAUCCAGUUCCUUGCCUACAAAGAUCGGAAAAGGGGGUAUACUUCGUGUCGCUUGACCGAAACUGGCUUCAGGUUUGGAUCCUUGAGGAGGAAUCAUGCGGUCAAGCAGAGUGGGUGUUGAAGCAUGACACAGACCUUGAGCCCGUGCUAGCAUGCCUCCGUCCUCGACGAGUUUGUGGACCCUGGAUGUUAAAGGGGAUCAACCACAACUCGUUCUGCACUCAUUUUCCUGAAGACGGCAACGAGGAAGAAACAGCUGAAGAGAAGUUUGCGUGGAGCUCUGACAAUGGUAGUGUUCUUGAACAUGAAGACAUGGUUCAAGAGUGUAGCUCCGAAGAGUGUUACUCCAACAUCGACAGUGAUGGUGUUCCUGGCUAUGAAGACACCGUUCAAGAUUGUAGCUCCGAACAGUGUUACUCCAAUGAUGACAAUGUCGAUGCUCUUAACAGUGAAGACCUGAUUGAAGAGUACAGCUCAGAGGACAUAGAAAAGGCAAAUUUUGAAGAGAAAUUUGAAUUUGAAGAGUGUUAUUGGAUUGAAGAUAUAUAUGAGAUUGACAUGCUUGGGCUUCACCCGUACAAAGAGGUCCUCUUCCUCUGUGAAUCAGCCAAGACUGGGCUGGCCUAUCAUCUGAAUAGCUCGAAGAUCGAACGCUUAGGUGAUAUAUACCCAGCAGAUUAUGCCAAUUACGGUGGUUACGGGUACGACAGGGAUGAAAUGGACAGGGUCAAAUAUGCUUUUCUGUACACACCAUGUUGGAUUGAUGAGUUCCCUGGUAAUAAUUAGUUUAUAAGUCCAUCACCAACAUUAACAUUUGUUGGUCGCAAACCAUUGGUGGCGCCGCAAAAAGAAAUUGGUGGACUGUGAUGUUCAAGUCAUAUUUGAUAUCUGUAAUAAGUAGUGCUUCUCCUACUAUAGAUUUUUUUUCGAACCAUACUAUACAAAUAUUAUU